UUCAAAGACACUGACUGGAGCUGAGCUGAUAAAAAUGACGAGUCAAAGAGUUCCUGCUAAAGUUCAAGUUUCAUGUUUUUACCUUUAUGGAGCUAAAUCUCCAGAAAGUGAACAGAAAACCAUCACUAUCCAGUGUGAGUAAACACAACAGAUGUGGUUCAGCAGUGAAAGUGAAGAGAAUUCAAGUCAGAUUUGAUCUUUUUAAGGAAGAACUUUUGUCAGAAAAUGUAUUUGAAAAAGAACAGAUUUAACUCUUGUUUCUUGCUUCAGAUCCUCAGCCUGAACUGAGAGUGAAUCCAGCUGUGAUCACAGACAGAGACUCGGCCACACUGAACUGUGUGACUCCAUCAUCUCUUUCUGUCUCUGAAUGUCAUUUCUACUUUUUGAGAGCAAAUACUACCAGAAUCAGCUCCUGCAUGCAGACACUGACAGCAGCUGAACUUCUGUCCAUGUCAAGUCAAAGAUCACCUGCUGAGGUUGAACUAACGUGUUUGUACUCUGUGGAACAGCAAGAAGGAAACUCUCAGUCUCCACGCAGUAAUGUCAGCUACAUCCACAUCAAGGCAGAAAGAAAAAGGACGUCAGUGGCUUCAGCAGACAGUAGGUCUGGAGAUUUAACUACUGCCACAACAAAGAUCUCUGACCUUCCUCCACCUGAUCUGAUCGUGAAUCCACAGCUGAUCUCAGAAAAGGAUUCAGUCACAUUAAACUGUCAGACUCCGGUGUCUUUGACAGAAUGUUUUUGGCUCUUUGAGGGAAAAAGUCGAGCUGAACAGUUCUCUUGUUCAAAGACACUGACUGGAGCUGAGCUGAUAACGAUGACGAGUCAAAGAGUUCCUGCUAAAGUUCAAGUCUCAUGUUUUUAUAUUAAUGGUGCAACAUCUCCAAAAAGUGAACAGAAGACCAUCACUAUCCAGUAUGUAGAAAGAAAAAGGACGUCAGUGACUUCAGCAGACAGUAGGUCUGGAGAUUUAACUACUGGCACACCAAAGAUCUCUGACCUUCUUCCACCUGAUAUGAUCGUGAAUCCACAGCUGAUCUCAGAAAAGGAUUCAGUCACAUUAAACUGUCAGACUCCGGAUUCUUUGACAGAAUGUUUUUGGCUCUUUGAGGGAAAAAGUCGAGCCUCACGAUUCUCUUGUUCAAAGACGCUGACUGGAGCUGAGCUGAUAACGAUGACGAGUCAAAGAGUUCCUGCUAAAGUUCAAGUCUCAUGUUUUUACCUUAAUGGAGAUAAAUCUCCAAAAAGUGAACAGAAGACCAUCACUAUCCAGUUUCCUCAGCCUGAACUGAGAGUGAAUCCAGCUGUGAUCACAGACAGAGACUCGGCCACACUGAACUGUGUGACUCCAUCAUCUCUUUCUGUCUCUGAAUGUCAUUUCCACUUUUUGAGAGCAAAACGUACCAGAAUCAGCUCCUGCAUGCAGACACUGACAGCAGCUGAACUUCUGUCCAUAUCAAGUCAAAGAUCACCUGCUGAUAUUGAACUAACGUGUUUGUACUCAGUGGAACAGCAAGAAGGAAACUCUCAGUCUCCACACAGCAACGUCAGCUACAUCCACAUCAAUGUAGAAAGAAAAAGGACGUCAGUGACUUCAGCAGACAGUAGGUCUGGAGAUUUAACUACUGGCACAACAAAGAUCUCUGACCUUCUUCCUCCUGAUCUGAUCGUGAAUCCACAGCUGAUCUCAGAAAAGGAUUCAGUCACAUUAAACUGUCAGACUCCGGUGUCUUUGACGGAAUGUUUUUGGCUCUUUGAGGGAAAAAGUCGAGCUGAAGAGUUCUCCUGUUCAAAGACACUGACUGGAGCUGAGCUGAUAACGAUGACGAGUCAACGAGUUCCUGCUAAAGUUCAAGUCUCAUGUUUUUACCUUAAUGGUGCAACAUCUCCAGAAAGUGAACAGAAGACCAUCACUAUCCAGUUUCCUCAGCCUGAACUGAGAGUGAAUCCAGCUGUGAUCACAGACAGAGACUCGGCCACACUGAACUGUGUGACUCCAUCAUCUCUUUCUGUCUCUGAAUGUCAUUUCCACUUUUUGAGAACAAAAACUACCAGAAUCAGCUCCUGCAUGCAGACACUGACAGCAGCUGAACUUCUGGUCAUGUCAAGUCAAAGAUCACCUGCUGAUGUUGAACUAACGUGUUUGUACUCAGUGGAACAGCAAGAAGGAAACUCUCAGUCUCCACACCUUCUUCCACCUGAUCUGAUCGUGAAUCCACAGCUGAUCUCAGAAAAGGAUUCAGUCACAUUAAACUGUCAGACUCCGGUGUCUUUGACAGAAUGUUUUUGGCUCUUUGAGGGAAAAAGUCGAGCCACACGAUUCUCUUGUUCAAAGACACUGACUGGAGCUGAGCUGAUAAAAAUGACGAGUCAAAGAGUUCCUGCUAAAGUACAAGUCUCAUGUUUUUACCUUAAUGGAGAUAAAUCUCCAGAAAGUGAACAGAAGACCAUCACUAUCCAGUAUCCUCAGCCUGAACUGAGAGUGAAUCCAGCUGUGAUCACAGACAGAGACUCGGCCACACUGAACUGUGUGACUCCAUCAUCUCUUUCUGUCACUCAAUGUUAUUUCUACUUUUUGAGAACAAAAACUACCAGAAUCAGCUCCUGCAUGCAGACACUGACAGCAGCUGAACUUCUGGUCAUGUCAAGUCAAAGAUCACCUGCUGAUGUUGAACUAACGUGUUUGUACUCAGUGGAACAGCAAGAAGGAAACUCUCAGUCUCCACUCAGUAAUGUCAGCUACAUCCGCAUCAACCUUCUUCCACCUGAUCUGAUCGUGAAUCCCCAGCUGAUCUCAGAAAAGGAUUCAGUCACAUUAAACUGUCAGACUCCGGUGUCUUUGACGGAAUGUUUUUGGCUCUUUGAGGGAAAAAGUCGAGCCACACGAUUCUCUUGUUCAAAGACACUGACUGGAGCUGAGCUGAUAACGAUGACGAGUCAAAGAGUUCCUGCUAAAGUUCAAGUCUCAUGUUUUUACCUUAAUGGUGCAAUAUCUCCAAAAAGUGAACAGAAGACCAUCACUAUUCAGUUUCCUCAGCCUGAACUGAGAGUGAAUCCAGCUGUGAUCACAGACAGAGACUCGGCCACACUGAACUGUGUGACUCCAUCAUCUCUUUCUGUCUCUGAAUGUCAUUUCCACUUUUUGAGAGCAAAAACUACCAGAAUCAGCUCCUGCAUGCAGACACUGACAGCAGCUGAACUUCUGUCCAUGUCAAGUCAAAGAUCACCUGCUGAGGUUGAACUAACGUGUUUGUACCCAGUGGAACAGCAAGAAGGAAACUCUCAGUCUCCACACAGCAACGUCAGCUACAUCCACAUCACAAAGGCCUCUACGACAACACAGUGGACAUCACCUUUCAGAACAACCACAGUUAUCACAACGACAACUGAGGAAAUCAUUUUACCAUCAACAACUGUCGGCUCAGAGAGCAGCACUCGUAGAUCGCUUCAUACUACUCUGACGUCUGUGAAUCCUCAACCAGCUGUAACCGAAGAGACUCGCACCUCAACUACCACGCUGUUGACAUCUUACGUGACUUCAGGGACUCAAACCAAAGAAGUAAAUGAUAAACCUGAGUGGAAACUCUUCCACCUGGCUGCGAUUGGACCGGGUUUUGGUGUCACUGUGGGAGUCAUCUUACUGGUAGCGAUACUUCUCUGUCCAAAAAGAAGAAGUAAAAAAUAUGCCACAAGCAGACAUAAAGUUUACUCUUCUGCUAACUUCUUGCAAACGAGAAAUAUUCACAGCGAAGACCAGGAAAUGCUAGAAUUAACUCCAGGGCCUUAUAAUGAAAUCACAUCCGUCUGUAUGAACAGUAUUUUACCAGCAGUCGACUGUCCAGCUGAGUUUGAGCAGAAAGAUGGCCUUCAAUCUCCAAAUGAAAGUUCUGACGUCUACCACGUUUAUGCCUCAAUCGCUGACGAGGACCCUUCACCUGCACUCAGAGAUGUGACGUACCACAAGCUGCAGCUCACCUGACACACCUCUACUCUGAAUCUACUGUCCAAACAGCAGACGAGUCUGUGGAAAUGUAAAACAUAAUCCACAGACAGGAACAGUAAAGGAAGAAUAUUGACCGCUUAAAUCUUUGGCCUCCUUCCUUUUACAACAGAUGAUCAGAGUGAGACUGUAACUAUGGAAAUGGGAUUUUUGUGAAUUAGGACUUUUCUCUCCUGAAAGCAGACAUUUUGUUCACUCACUGUUGUGCUGAAUUUUUUUUUUUUCUGACUGUUGAUCCUUUUCUGCAGAACAUUUAGGAAAAUACUGCCCAAUUAUUAGUGUAAAUAAUUGGAAAUUUUUGUGCUUUUUCAUGACAGAAAUCACAAUUAAAACGCCAUGUUCAUUUCAUCACAUAAAUGAUCAAUAAAUAGUUUUGUGUACUAUAAAUUCCUUCAUUCAUUCAUUGAUUCA